AUGGAGCCACUUCCUGCCGGCGCCACGGUCCCCAAGUCUGCCAACUCAGGUAAGCGGCUGCAUGGAGAGCUGACCCAGCUGGACCGGUUUGUGGGGGAGCACCAUGCAGAGGCGGCCCACCGCCGCCUGCUGCGCGAGCAGCACCGCUGGGACGCCAACGCCGCCACGGCGGCGGCUGCGGGCGGAGAGCAGGCCCUGCUGAGCGGCGGCGUGGCGCUGCUGUGGGAGCUGCUGCACACCCUGCCUGACUUCCGGCGCAAGACGCUGGUUGUGCAGCAUGUCGUGAUGUUCAGCGAACAUGUGGCGCAGGAGGCGGAGCGCAAGCAGCAGGAGGCGGAGCGGCGCAAGCAGGAGCAGGCGGCGGCAAAGGCGGCGGCUUCGGCAGCGGGGGCCGAGGCGGGGCCAGCUGCGGAGGUGGAGAUGGUUGAUGUGGAUGCGGCGGGGCAGCAGGCGGGAGCGGUGCCGCCAGCCGCUGACCCGCAGCAGCUGCUGCGGCAGCAGGAGCAGGAGGACAGCGAGGCGCUGGCCGCACUGCUGCAUGCUGCGGAGGGCGGGCAGGCGUUUGUGGGCAGCAGCGGCUGGAGGGGGCGCGUCCCCGGCUAUGUGUUCAAGCUGGGGGGCAGCGGGCUGGGAUACUACCGGGAUGCGCCGCCGCAGGUGGAAGCCUUCCUCACGCUGGGACGGCUGCACGCGGCGGCGGCGGCGGUGGGGCGUGCGCUGCACGACCACCAGCGCCGCCUGCAGCGCAGCGCGGGCCCCGAGGCCGCCCUGUUUGCCGCCCUCAGCCUGGACGCUGUGGAGGCCAAGCUGGAAAGCGUCAAGCAGCAGAUUGCGCUGGUGCGGGCGCUCAAGGAGCAGCACAUUGCGGAGCGCAGCGCGGCGCUCAAGGCGGCGCUGCAGGAGGAUCUGGACGCUGAGCUGGCGGACGCGGCGCGCCUGCCGCCGCUGCCGGCGGGCGGCUCAGCGGACAAGCUGCAGAGGGAGGUGGACGGGUUGAGGGAGCGGGCCGUCGCGCUGCUGCACCGCAUGCGCUACAUGCAGUCGCGUGUCAGCGAGGCGCGCAGGCUGCAGUCCACCGCCAGCCGCCCACAGGGGCGCGCCCGCAGCCAGCAGCCGCAGCCGGGGCAGGCAGAGCAGCAGCAGCCGCAGGCAGAGCAGCAGCCGCAGGCAGAGCAGCAGCCGCAGCUGCAGCUGCCGCAGCCGGGGCCGCAGGACGCGGUGGGUAGCGAGGGUGCGGCGCCCAGCAGUGCGGCGCCGAUAGAGACGGGACCUGCUGCUGAGGCGGGGGCGGAGGAGACUGCCGGUCCCAGCAGCGGCCCCGCUGACCAGGCUGCUGGCAUGGAGUGCCCCGUCUGCCUGUCUGCGGUGCCUGCCGGCAGCGACAUCCACGUGUUCAGCGGCUGCGGCCACGCCUUCUGCCCAGACUGCACCGCCAAGCUGGUGCUCCAGCAGGGCUUCUGUGCAGUGUGCCGCCAGAAGGUGACAGCCAAGCAGGUGUUCCGUGUGGUGGCGGGCGGCGCCAGCAGCGGCGGCAAGUGCGACCCCGAAUUUGAAGCGCUGGGCAGGGUGCGGCCGCAGGGCGAGUGGAGCGCCAAGGUGGAGGCGCUGCUGCGCCGCCUGCUGCACCUGGCCGCCACGGCGCCCGCCGAGAAGAGCCUGGUGUUCUCCCAGUUCCCAGAUGCGCUCAAGAUGGUUGCGAUGGCCCUGCAAACCAACGCCAUCCGCUUCGUGCAGCUCCUCGGGGGCAGGCAGGCGGCACGUCGUGCGGUGGCAGCGUUCCGAGAUGACGACGAGGUGCGGGUGUUCCUGCUCAGCCACAAGGCGGGCGCCCAGGGGCUGACGCUGGUGCGCGCCAGCCACGUGUUCCUGCUGGAGCCCGCGCUGGAGCCGGCCAUUGAGCAGCAGGCUGUGGCGCGGGUGCACCGCAUCGGGCAGCAGAGGCCUGUGGUGGUCACCCGCCUGCUGGUCAAGGAGUCGAUCGAGCACCGGGUGCUGGCGGUGCAGGAGGCCAAGCACGCGCUGUUUGCCGGGGCGGAUGGCGCCGCAGAGGACACCGCCGAGCUUGCCACGACCGUGGAGGCGCCGGUGAGGAACGAGACGCUGGGCCAGGAGGACGUGGAGGGCCUGCUGGACGCCGUCUGA